AUGGAAAAUUUUACAAUGUAUGAUGAAUGUAAUGAAAAUUUUGAUCCAUUAUUUUCGGACGAUAUGUUUAAUAUUAGUUCGGAUGAUUUUUCUAUGGAUGAUGAUUCUGAUAUAAUUUUAACUUCUAUUAAAGAUUGGUUUAAAUUAUCACCCACAACUGAUCCAGAUGAUAUUAUUGAUACGUAUUCUGACGAGAUACCACUCAAUAGAAAAGAAUGGUUGAUACAAGAUUCGCCAUCACAACGUUAUAGAGCUCCACGUCUUUUUGAAUUUCUAAUUCUUCUUCUAAGAAAAUCACAUUAUGAAUCUUAUGCAUCAUUUACCGAUCGAUCUAAAGGUAUUUUUCAAGUCCAUCGACCUGAUAAAAUUGCUGAACUAUGGCAAGCUGUAAAAAGUCGACAAUCACAACAAAAAAUGACCUAUGAUAAAUUUGCAAGAGCUAUAAGAUGGUAUUACAAGUCGAAUUUAAUGCAAAAAACGAAUACUCGAUAUACAUUUCAAUUUUCAUCGAAAACAUUAGAAAAAUAUUUCAUUGAUGAAAAUAACAAUUCGUCGGCGAAUUUACUAUUAUAA